GUGUGUCUCACCGGUGUGUAUGAAGGUGUGUUUCUUCAUGUCAGAUUUCUGGUGGAAUCUCUUGCCGCAGUAUGGACAGGGAAACGGUCGAGUGUCCGAGUGGAUGAGCAGUGCUGCCGAGCGUGAGCCGGGGAUCCGGCCAAUGGGAAAGCAGCGCCGUUGACAUGUGACUUACUCAAGUGAGAUGCCAAACCCACCGCAGACGACAGGAGCUGACAGAAAACAUCCGUCAAUAAAUCAUGAGUGAUGAUGUAGAGGAUGUCAUGGCGGUGGUCUCACCUUCUCACAGAGCAAACACUCACACAGAGACGCCUGGACGUUCAUCAGCUGAUGGUGAGCGAGGAACACUUGAAGCAGACGCAUCACAUCCGUCUCUGUCUCCAGUGAGGUGAAGGACGACAGAUGUGUGUCGUGUACCUGCUGUAGAAGAACACCAGUGUUGUGUAGUCUCACUCCUGAACUCUGAUGACGGCUCGCUUCUCUCUGUGUUCGUACAGGACAGCGGUUCAUUACUGGACACCCGUCCAUCAUUCAGACUCACCCGUCAGACGGCCGCUGUAGAUGUUCUUCUGCUUCUGCGAGUGUCUCUCGUGUCUCGGUUCUGAAGCGGGAGAAACAUCUGGGACACAAUAAUGUCUGAGGAGUAAAACUGGAGCUCGAUGUCUUACCAGAUCUUCAGACGACCAGCAUCCUCCAAACAUCAGGGCAAAGUUAGUGAAGUUUGAGGGGUAUUGUUGAAGAAUCCGGUCUGCACUGGACUGAACUCUCUGGAGUUGUACAAUAGUGGACAGUCACAUCAGAGUGAUGUUCUCUCUCUCUGAGCUGUGGUCAAUGGGUGAGCGUCAGGGCAGUUAUAAGCUGUUAAAGCCGUGGUGGGAGGUUUUCAUGGAUCAUCUGCUGGUGCUGAUGCUGAUGGUGUCCGUCCUCGCGGGGACUCUGCUGCUGUCACGUGACGGUGUUGUGUGUGUUCCCGUGAGUUCCUCCAUCGGUAACUUCAGCUCCUCCACAGAGCCCGAGUCUGACCCGCUCUUCACCAGCCCGGCGAGGGGUCGACGCACCAACCUGGACUUCCAGCAGUACGUCUACAUCAGUCACGUGUGCUAUCACGAGGCUUUACCGUGGUACUCGCGCUUUCUGCCGUACGUGACGCUGCUGCACACGUUGAUUCUGCUGGUCAGCGGCUGCUUCUGGUUUCAUUUUCCUCUGACGUCUGCCCGAAUCGAGCACUUUCUGUCUCUCCUCGCCAAAUGCUGCGAAUCGCCCUGGACGACCCGGGCUCUGUCCCACGCGGCCAGACUGGACGCGGCCCGCUUCUCAGAGACGGAACAGACGGUGCGACCCAAAUGUCAGGCAGCAUGUUCCUCUAAAACACGCAGGUCAAGCGUGGACUCUGGGACUGACAGCCCCCUGCUGGCGGCGGCUGAUAGCGGAUCUACUCAACCUUCCCCGUGCCCGUCUGCCGGCUCUCGCUGCUCCACACUCUCUGGUCUGUCACCGGUGGAGCGUGUGAUGCCCCCGCAGACGUCACAGGAUCCUCUGGAAGGUUCUCGGGCGGCGGCACCGUUAGAUCGCAGUGAUCGUGAGCAGGCGCGAGCGCUGUUCGAGAGAGUCCGCAGGUUCCGUGCACAUUGCGAGAGCUCAGAUGUUAUCUAUAAGGUGUACACGGCUCAGACGGUGUUUAAAGUGCUGAAGUUCAUUCUGAUCGUGAGUUACGUGAGUCCGCUGCUGAACUCCAUCACUUUCAGUCAUGUUUGCAGACCGCAGACACACACGCUGACCGGAUACAACACAUACCAGUGCAGUCACUCGCUCUCCUCCAUCCUGCGCAAACUCAUGCAGACGUACAUCUCACUGCUCGUCCUGUUCGGCAUCAUCGCCGUCUACACGCUCAUCUGGAUCUUUCACAAGUCUUUGAGGCAGUAUUCCUUCCAGAAGCCGCGUGAGACAGGAUCUAUGUUAGAUGUGCCGGAUCUUCACAAUGAUUUGGCGUUUCUGUUACACAUGGCCGAUCAGUACGAUCCUCUUCUGUCUCAGCGUCUGUCUGUGUUUCUGUCACCGGUCAGCGAGACUCGACUGCUGGAGGAAAGCGUGGAGCGUCGCUGGGGAUCUGAACGUCUGAGGUCAAUGAUGACAUGUGACCCUGAGGGUCGUUCUCUUCUUCAGCUGGUGGCUCUUCCACAUCUUCCACCCGCUCUCUUCACCCUCAACCAGCUACAGGUGCUGAAGUUAGAGCUGAUCACAGACGCCAAACUCACAACGCAGAUAUCCAACAUGACUGCCCUCAGAGAGAUGCAUCUGUAUCACUGCUCAGCAUCAGUGGAGCCCGGAGCACUGCGACACCUGCAGGAGCACCUGGAGACGCUGCAUCUCACCUUCGCCCAACCCGCUGACAUCCCGCUGUGGAUGUACUCGCUCCGCGGCCUGCAGGAGCUGCACCUCACCGGCAGGAUGAGCAGCGACGGCGGGAUGGGACGCGGCUGGGCCCUCUGCAGCCUGAGACAGCUGCGUCACCUGCGUGUCCUGGUGCUGCGCGGGACGCUGCAGAAAAUCCCCGGGGAGCUGAGCGAGGUGUCGGCCAGUUUGAUGAGACUGGAGAUACACAACGAGGGCACCAGACUGCUGGUGUUGACCGGACUGAGACGUGUGACCGGACUCGCUGAAGUGCAGUUACAGGGCUGCCAGCUGGAACGGCUGCCGUCUGCACUGCUGGCACUGACGGGUCUGCGCAGUUUGGACCUGCGACACAACGCUCUGCGCACACUGGAGGAGCUGCUGGGACUGCAACACCUGCGCCAUCUGUCGUGUCUGCGGUUGGCACACAAUCACGUGUUGGCACUGCCCGUCAGCGUUGGAGUUCUGCGCUCGCUGGAGCUCCUGGACUUGUCUCACAACCAGCUGCAGAAUCUUCCGUCGGCUCUCUUCACGCUGCAUCGGCUGCGACGCCUCCUGCUGGCUGGAAACCUCCUGGAGGAGCUGCCGGCGGAGGUGAGAGCUCUGAAACUCCUCGCUGAACUUGAUCUGAUGGGGAACAGGCUGGAACAUCUACCCGAGGAGCUGUUCGCUUACUGCGUGGAACUGCGCAACUUGAACGUGUCUAAUAACUCGCUGGUCUCCUUGGGUCCUGGUUUGGGCGGUCUGCGUCUGCUCUCUCGACUGGAUGUACGGGGAAACUGUCUGGAGGAGCUGCCCUUGGCGCUGGGGGGUUGUGUUGGGCUUCGUGGAGGAGGUUUGUUAGUGGAAAACGGGCUGAUGCACACGUUACCUCGACAGAUCAAAGACGUCCUGUCCUGUCCUUCCUCAGAAUCUCCAUCCAGACCCAAUUCUGACUGCUUUCCUGUGUUUUCCACAGCACAGUGGAGCUUUCACUCAGCGCUGGAGUCUCGAAUAUAAAACCUCCUCGUAAACCGAACUGAACUAAUCUUGCUCAAAUAAAGCUCUUUAACAUCCAUAGACAUGCAGUAUGUUGAUCACACUGCUAACAAAAGAAAACGUUGAGUUGUGGUCACAUUUGGAUUUUUAAUGAAGUUUCAGCAAAUAAUGAGAGGGGAGAUUCUGUGUACAUUACUAGUCAAAAGUUUGGUUAGAAUAAAAAAAACAUAGCAUACAUGGGAACUGGAUGCAGAUUUUUUUUUAUUAUGAAUAAAGAAGUAUACAUUUACAUUUCAAUUAUGAUAAUAAACAAUACAUUGUAACAUAAUUAACAAGUAAAUAGGUUGGAAAAAAAAGAAAAUGAAAAUGAAACAAGACAACAUCAACAUAAAGAAUUGUUCAAUAAAGAUAAAAAAUUAUAAUAAUUUUGCACAGUGACUUAACAAAAUGUAUUAAAAAAUAAGCACAGGUCUAAAGGGAACUGGAUGCAGAUAAAGAGAAGCUGUUUAAGAGAAUGACGUCACUAUUAACAAGUCACGUGGUGGUGACUUUAAAAUAUCGUAAAGAAUCUUAAAAAUGUAUAAAGCAUACAACUACAACUCUAUUCCUGCAAGCAUACAGUAGCUUUGUAGACUACACUUAUUGUUUUACACUUUGACCCAAAAAAUGUUUGGACAAAAACGUUUUAAGUAAAUGUUAACGUAGAGCUUCUCUUGUGCUUUGUGAUCAAAAAACUUCUCAUAAAGAAUGGUUCAAAUGAACAAUGGCUCUACUACAAAUAAAACAAUAAAUACAAAUUAACACGCACACUGAACAUUAUUACAAGUUCUUUAAUUACAUUAUGUCCGUGUUUCGUUACAAUCUCUCGCCUUCAUUUUAAUUUGUGUUGUGAAAUUACGAAAGUCCCGCUUAUCGCUCAUCCGUCCAAUGAAAGGAUAAACGCGAUUCUCACAAAAGCAGCUCUAAUAUCCAAUCACGUCGCUGCAUCUUGUGA